UUUUGUGAGUUUUUCGUGAAAAGUGGUCGUAAUUUUCAUGAAAAGCCGGUGAUUUUGGCUUCCGCGAUUGCUUACGUUCUAAUGAAGUAUUGUUUAUUGAGUUGAGCGAAAUUUUUCAGCAUAAAACCAUGGCUUUCACAGUGUUUAAGAACGACAAGAAGCUUCCGCUGAACGAGUUAACCCUCCAGCUGGAGGAGGGCGGUUCUAAGCGUAGCCUCCCGGCUUUGCACGAAAAGUGGUCCGAACCGCGGGUCUUCACCCGGUACGUGCCCUUCCCGUUCAAGGCGGGCGCGGUCGAGGAGGGUCCCGCCCUGGAGCAGUGGAUCGCCGAAACUGGGUGGUUCAUUAAGGAUCUUCGAUGGCUGUUGGGGUUGGAGCACUUUCGCUUCUGGUCCACGAUGGUCCACAACCGGGGCGCCAUCGAAACCGUCAUCUCGUUCACCCAAACGGCCAUCCCGUACUACCUGGCGGGGGUGGUCCGCGGAGCGGCCACCGUCUAUCCGCUCUACUCGGAAGCGCACCGGUUGACCAUCCAGGUCAUCUGCCGGCUGGUCACCCAGAGAGAGUCCGACCAGUGCUGGCUCGCGAAAGAGUUCCUCGGGGAUCUGCUGUACCGGCACUAUCUGGUGUCGGUUCCGCUGCUGGUCGAGCUGCUUCCGGUUUACGGCUGCGCGGACAACAAACCGCUGCUGACGCGCCUGCUCCAGACCGUGUUCAAGCUGCAGCCCAAGUACGUGCAGGAUCUGAGCGUGGCGGUCAAGUUCCUGCAGGAGACGUUCAAAACCAUCCAGCGCCAAAUCGAGUCCGACCGGAUCGAGGGCCAGGUCGCGAACGCGGCCACCCUCAACGACCUGGCCGUGUACACGCUGGACUGUUGCACGACCCUGGCCCUCCUCGUGGAACUCUACCCGGACUGUCGACCGGUCUGCGCCGACCUCGGCCUCGAGCAGUCCAUCAGCGGCUUCUACGACAACACGCUCGUCCUCCUCUACAAAAACGUCUUCACCAUGGACAACGAGUCGCCCUAUCUGACCUACCUGAACGCGGCCCGCCGCGACCUCCUAGCCGCCUUCCGCGCCAUCGUCCAGCUGCAGCUGGAAAAAGCCCGCGAAGGCGGCCCCAACUCCCUCAACCCAGCCGACAAAUUCCUCUGCAUUCUCACGGAAUGCCUCUCGGAACCGAUCUUCGUCCGCGACUACCAACGCCACUACCCACUCGACGAAGACCUGCACGAACUCAAGCAAACCGUUUCCGGGUUGGACCACUUCAAGCUGGAUUUCGUCGCGAGCGCCUACUGCGGCGGGGAGGAAAACGGCAAACUGACCAACGGGCACGCCAGCAGCGAUAGCGACGCGGAGGAGGAGGACGUCGUCGUUCCGAAGGAACCUGCUGCGCGAAGCGAUGUGGAGUUGACCCCCGAGCAGAAGGUCGAGGCGGAUGUGAGGAAGGUGUUGGACGUGUUGCCCCACCUGGGGGAUGGGUACGUGAGGAAGAUUCUGAAGCGAUACGGGGACGAUCCGGAGCAGGCGAUUGCGGCGAUUCUGGAGGGGAAUCUGCCGCCGGAUCUGGCGGAGGCCGACCCGGCCGAGCCGUACAUUCCGCCGGACGUGAAGGAUCGGUUCUUUGUGGAGACGGGCAUCGAACGGCUCAACAUCUACGACGGCGACGAGCUGGACGUGCUGACGCGGGACACGGUCCGCGGCGUCAUCAAGCGGGGCAAGGGAAUGCCGGGGCAGCCGCGGAACAUGCGCGAAAUGCUGGACGACAAGAGCCACGUGCGGGAGAUGAAGACGCGGACGCGCUACCAGGAGUACCAGAUUGUGUGCGACGAGUAUGAUGAUGAGUACGAUGACAGCUUCGAUGCGAUGGCCGACUCGGAGUCGAAGAAGAUCCGGCUGACGAAGGAGAUGCGGAACGCGCUGGUGGACGAGGAGGAGGAGGAUGAGGAAGGUGGGGGUGAGGAGGAGGGGGAGUUUCAGCCGAGCAAGAAGCCGCUUGAUUUCUGCGAGAAUCCGGAAGUGGCUAGGGCGCGGUACGAGGAGAGGAGGAGGAGCAAGCAGCAGGCUAGGGGAGGAGGUGCGGGAGGGCCUUCCGGAAGUGGGGGUGGAGGUCAGCAAGCUCCGGAGAGGGAUGUGGUGGGGAAGGCCAAGGGACAGGGCCAGGAUAAGGCCGUGCUGCAGAACCGGAAGCACAAGAAUGAAAAUAAGGCGGCCAAGGGAAAUCACAACCGGAAGGCGGGAGCGACCUUUAAGAGGAACAAGGGGAUGAUUCCGUCGUAAGAGGAAAGGGGAUUCUGGACAGUGCUAAAGUUUGCUUGUAAUAAAUACGUAUUGAUGUCAAAUUUAA